CGCCAGCUUACCUCCCUAAUCACAUUUGCCUGGCAUACUUAUUUUCCCUGCUCUCCAGUCUACCUACCUUAGGCCUGACAACAUCCUCGCUUUUCCCUACCUACCCUACCGAAUUCUUCAAUACGCCUGCAGUUUCCUAACACAAGCACCGGCCAAUACGGCCGCCCCGCCGCCACCAUGGCCAACGACAUCCAUCAUCACGACGGCUCCGAGAAGCAUUCCAGCCACGCACCCUCCGAGCUGGACGACAUUACCGUCGACAAUGAAAAGACCCUGUCCAGCCAGGUCCCUGUGCCCGGCGAAAACCAGGUCGUCCAUACGGCCAAUCCCAAGAAGCUGGUCAAGGUCCAAGAAGAACAGUUGGACCCCAUGGACCAAUUGCCCGAGCAUGAACAGGUCAUCCUAAAGAGGCAGUUGGAGACCCCGCCCACCAAGGUGACCUACUUCACACUAUAUCGGUAUGCCACGAGGAAGGACUACAUCAUCAUGAUUGUGUCCUCCAUCUGCGCCAUCGCCGCUGGAGCUGUCCUGCCUCUUAUGACCGUUGUCUUUGGUUCCUUAGCAGGCACCUUCCAAGGCAUGCUCUCGGGAAGCACGUCCACGAGCGAUUUCAAUGAUGACCUGGUCCACUAUGUCCUGUACUUUGUGUACCUUGGCAUUGGUGAAUUUGUGACCUGUUACAUCUACACCGUCGGCUGGAUCUAUGUGGGAGAGCAGCUUUCAUCGAGAAUGAGGCAGGCCUAUCUGGCCGCUAUCCUUCGCCAGAACAUCGGAUACUUUGACAAGCUCGGUUCCGGAGAGAUCACCACUCGCAUCACAGCCGAUUCCAACCUUGUGCAAGAUGGUAUUUCCGAGAAGGUCGGACUCGUCCUGCAGUCGUUGGCGACCUUUGUCACUGCCUUCAUCAUUGCUUUCGUUAAAUACUGGAAACUCACCCUCAUCAUGACCUCCACCAUCUUCGCCAUUGUAGUGUCCAUGGGCAUUGGCUCCCAGUUCAUCUUAAAGUACAACAAACAGUCCCUGGCAUCGUAUGCUUCUGGUGGUACCGUUGUGGAGGAGGUUUUCAGCUCCAUCAGAAACGCCAUCGCAUUUGGAACCCAAGACAAGCUCGCACGCCAAUACGACGAGCAUCUCAGGGUGGCUGAGGGCUGGGGAAGAAAGACCAAGACCGCGCUCGCCUGGAUGCUGGGAAUGAUGAUGACGAUCAUGUACCUCAACUACGGUCUGGCCUUCUGGAUGGGCUCAAGGUACCUCGUCAAGGGCGAUAUGACAUUGUCCGACGUACUGACGAUUCUGAUGGCCAUUAUCAUUGGAUCUUUCUCUUUGGGACACGUUGGACCGUGGGUGCAAUCCUUCACUACAGCCACGGCAGCGGCAGCGAAGAUCUUCAGCACUAUCGACCGAGUGUCACCUCUGGAUCCGACCUCCAAGGAAGGCAUUACACUUGAAAAGCUUGAAGGUAGAGUGGAACUCAAAGGUGUCAAGCACAUCUACCCGUCCCGUCCGGAGAUUACUGUCAUGGAAGGGGUAGACCUCGUCGUCGAAGCUGGCAAGACUACGGCCCUUGUCGGUGCGUCUGGAUCUGGAAAAAGUACCAUUGUGGGGCUUGUCGAGCGCUUCUAUGAUCCUGUUGGGGGUAUCGUUGAACUCGACGGACACAACGUACAGGAUCUUAACCUACACUGGCUGCGUCAGCAAAUCUCUCUUGUUCAGCAGGAGCCUGUCCUCUUCGCCACAACCAUCUACAAGAACAUUCGGCAUGGUCUCAUCGGCACUCCUCAUGAAUCCCUCCCGGAGGAACAGAUUCGCGAGAUGGUCUACAACGCGGCGCGCAUGUCCAAUGCGCAUGAUUUCGUGUCAGCACUGCCUGAAGGCUACGAGACCAAUGUUGGUCAACGUGGUUUCUUGCUUUCUGGUGGUCAAAAGCAGCGCAUUGCUAUUGCUAGAGCGAUUGUUAGUGAUCCCAGGAUUCUUCUCCUUGACGAAGCCACUUCGGCUCUGGACACCAAGAGUGAGGGUAUUGUGCAAGCGGCACUCGACAGAGCUGCUCAAGGUCGGACCACCAUCGUUAUUGCGCAUCGCCUGUCGACUAUUAGGGAUGCGGAUAAGAUCGUGGUCAUGACUCAGGGUCGUAUCGUUGAGCAAGGCACGCACAACCAACUUUUGGAACGCAGAGGAGCGUACUACAACCUUGUAGAGGCACAGAGGAUCGCUGCUGCAAACGAAGGCAACACUGAAGAGGAUAUCACCCUGAUUGAAGGAAACGAUGAACAAGUAAAGGAAACAGAUGGCGUAGUGGUUGACCCCGACGACGCAGUCACAGCGGAAAAACUGAACCGGACCCAAACAGGCAAAUCCGAGUCCAGCCUGGCUCUUCAGAAGAGACAACGCAACGAAAAGGGGCCGCGUUACUCACUUUGGACGCUCAUCAAGCUGAUUGCCAGCUUCAACAAGAAGGAAUGGUUGCUCAUGGUCAUGGGCCUUGUAUGGUCCGUGAUUGCUGGUGGUGGACAGCCCACUCAGGCUGUUUUCUUCGCCAAAUCCAUUUCGGCGCUGUCCAAGCCUCCGUCAGAGUACGGUCAACUUCGGUCCGAUGCCAACUUCUGGAGUGCGAUGUAUUUGAUGCUGGCCAUCACACAGCUCAUAUCCUACACCGGCCAAGGUCUCUGCUUCGCCGUUUGCUCCGAGGCUCUAAUUCAUCGGGUUCGCGACUUGGCUUUCCGAACGAUGUUGCGCCAGGACAUUGCCUUCUUCGACCGCGACGAGAACAACGCCGGUGCCCUCACCUCAUUCCUUGCUACCGAAACCACCAGCAUGGCGGGUCUGAGUGGAGCCACUCUUGGCACGAUCCUGACCGUGAUCACAACUUUGAUCGGCUCGAUGUCUCUCGGUAUUGCCAUCGGCUGGAAGCUUGGUCUUGUGUGUACUGCGACAAUCCCUGUUCUUUUGGCCUGUGGUUUCCUCCGUUUCUGGAUCUUGGCCCGCUUUGAAGGUCGCGCGAAGAAGGCGUACGAAUCGUCUGCCUCCUACGCUUGCGAAGCCACGUCCGCAAUCCGUACGGUUGCCUCGCUCACCCGUGAGGAUGACGUAUGGGAAAACUACCAUGAUCAGCUUAACGCUCAAGCGGCUAAGAAUCUGCGUUCGAUCCUCAAAUCGUCGGCAUUGUAUGCAGCAUCGCAGUCUGGUAUGCUUCUCUGCACGGCUUUGGGAUUCUGGUACGGUGGAACCUUGAUUGGGAGGAAGGAAUACAACCUCUUCCAGUUCUUCUUGUGUUUCUCUUCUAUCACUUUCGGCGCCCAGUCUGCCGGUACCAUCUUCAGCUUUGCUCCCGACAUGGGCAAAGCCAAGCACGCUGCCGAGGAACUCAAGACACUUUUCGACCGCAAACCAGAGAUCGAUACCUGGUCUCAAGACGGCGACAAGCUCCAGAGCGUGGAAGGCGAGGUCGAGUUCAGGGGAGUCCACUUCAGGUACCCCACUCGACCUGAGCAACCUGUACUGCGUGGACUGGACCUCACGGUUAAGCCUGGCCAGUAUGUCGCUCUUGUUGGAGCUAGUGGAUGCGGUAAGAGUACGACCAUUGCCCUGCUUGAACGCUUCUACGACCCAUUGGUCGGCGGUAUCUACAUUGAUGGCAAGGAAAUCUCGACUAUCAACGUCAACGACUACCGCAGUUACAUUGCGCUCGUUAGCCAAGAACCGACUCUGUACCAGGGCACCAUCCGGGAGAACAUCCUCCUCGGAGCGGACCAGGGGGACGUACCGGAAGAAGCUAUUUUCAAGGCCUGCAAGGACGCCAACAUCUACGACUUCAUCAUGUCACUUCCUGAGGGUUUCAACACUGUUUGUGGCAGCAAAGGUGCACUCCUUUCCGGUGGACAGAAGCAGCGCAUUGCCAUUGCUCGCGCCCUUCUGCGCGACCCGAAGAUCCUGCUGCUCGACGAGGCAACCUCGGCUCUCGAUUCCGAAUCGGAGAAGGUCGUGCAAGCAGCCUUGGACGCAGCGGCCAAGGGCCGUACCACCAUUGCUGUUGCUCACCGUCUGAGCACGAUCCAAAAGGCCGACGUCAUUUACGUUUUCGACGGCGGCAAGGUCGUCGAGGCCGGUACGCAUAACGAGCUGAUCACCAAGAAGGGCAGGUACUUCGAGUUGGUGAGCCUGCAGAGCUUGGAGAAGCAGCACUAGAGCACGGCGGUAGGUUACGCUUGGGCAAUUUUUUGGUGGCUUGGUGGUAAUAGGGGGUUUGCCCAGCGGAUAUUUUGUGCAUGCGUCUGCUUCGGCUCAGCAUGAUGUGGCGUUGGUGAUUUCAAAUACCCUACUCUGAUAUUGCUAGUGUACAAGUUGUACGGCACGCAAACGACAUGUCUCCACUUGUGGAUGGAUGGUUG